AUGGCCUCUGUUCUUAUACAGAGGGCUGACCUCCCCCUGGUGCGUCUGGACUUCUCCUGUAACAAGGUGACCUCCAUCCCCGUGUGUUACCGACAGCUCUCUCAGCUACAGACCAUCGUCCUCGACAACAACCCCCUGCAGACCCCCCCCGCACAGAUCUGCAUUAAAGGGAAGGUCCACAUAUUUAAGUACCUGAACCUGGAGGCCAGUAAGACGACCCCAGACCUCCCAGACUACGACAGGCGGCCUCUAAACUUCAGCUCCUGUGUUGAUGAGCUGUACCCCGGCCGGCCGUACGGAGCGCUGGAUUCUGGCUUCAACAGCGUCGACAGCGGAGACAAGAGAUGGUCGGGGAAUGAGCCUACAGAGGAGCUGUCUGAGCUGCCCCUGAGAGUAGCAGAGAUCAGCCGAGAUCAGAGACAGAGACCUCCGCUGGCCAACGGCACGCAUGUGGAGUCGGAGCAGAUAGACUACAUAGACAGCUGUGUGGGAGAGGAAGAGGAGGAGGAAGGGAGGAGUAGAGCCAGUGGCAGCAGGGACAGCGCCAGCCUGAGCUCUCAGUUCAUGGCCUACAUCGAGAGACGCAUCACCAGAGAGGGUUCUCCAGGAAAAACCAACUCGAGGACAGAAGACACGAGGAGACACAACAGGAGUGUUGUGGAUGGUGUAACAGCGCCCUCCGGUGCCCAGAGCCAGAGAGGUCUUCUUGGUGUAGGGGGGGUGGAGAGGAUGAGGAGGGAGGCUCAUCUCGCUGCUCUGAGGUACGACGAGGAGAGACAGAAGAAUCGAUCUCUGCAGAGAGACAACGUCAGCAGCUACACCAAGCAUAAAGCAGCUGUGAGUCCAGACAGUGAGAACAUCUACCCCUCCAGACGCUCCACCCACACAGAUGACUCCGCCCUCUUCAUGUCUGUAGACGGCUGUCGUUCUCACGCUUCUGACAGCUCCACUUCCUGUCUGCUGCAGGGAGAGGACCGAGCAGCGCUGUCUCCAACAGCCAAUCAGUCGCCUUCGUACCCGUCCUCAGGGGGCGGGGCUUCCUGUCGGACGUCUGCUCUGCGACCGGAGAGCUUCCUGUUCCGUCUCAAUCAGAAAGAAGAGAAGAGGAAAGGUGAUGCUGUGUCUCAGCCUCCAGCUCCUCCUCCUCUGAUUGGAGAAGAUGCUGAACGGGUGGAGAUGCUCAGAAAGAAUAUCGAGGCUCGUCUGAAGGUGUCGUUGCCUAGCGACCUGGGAGCAGCUUUGACAGACGGCGUGGUGCUCUGUCACCUGGCCAAUCACGUGAGACCUCGGUCCGUCCCCAGCAUCCACGUCCCCUCCCCCGCUGUGCCUAAACUCACCAUGGCAAAAUGUCGGCGAAACGUUGAGAACUUCCUGGAGGCGUGUCGCAGGAUCGGUGUCCCACAGGACGGUCUGUGUUCAGUGGGGGAGGUUCUGGCGGGAGAAGGUGGCGGCCGUGUUUACGGGACGCUGGGCGCGUUGCUGUCCAUGGCCCCGCCCCCGAGCAGCCCCUCCCCUCGCUUCCAGCUGGCGGGCUUCGCCCUCUUCUACCUGUCCGUCAUGUCGCUGCUCUGUGCCAUCUACGUGCACCUGGCGCCGCACGUCUGAACCCCCACCUGAGAACAAGACGCCGCAGAGACAGUUAGGGCUGGUUUAUGCUUCUGCGUCGUGGUCGCUUUACAUCGCGGUGCAUUUCACCGCCAGAACGCUAGGGGGCGAUAAGUCUGAGGGUAUCUGCAAGGUGUCUGUCCGCCAGUUUAUGUUAUGUUAGCAAGCUGCACAACUGCCCAACAACGUAGUACUGGCUGGUAAAGUGCUAAUUUCAAAACGUUACUAACAGAUAACCCGUCAUUGGAACCAGAAUAUGUCUGAGUUUAUUAGCUGAGCUGAUUAGUGAGCUAGCAUGUUGCUACUCCCCACAGUAGGCUGCUGGAAACACCCACUAUCAACACACAAGACCAGUUUACCAAUUGCAGUCACACAGGACCAGCUGACCAAUCACAGUCACACAGGACCAGUUGACCAAUCACAGUCCUUGAAACACAGACUAUCAACACACAGGACCAGUUUACCAAUCACAGGCCUUGAAAACACAGACUAUCAACAUACAGGACCAGUUGACCAAUCACAGGCCUUGAAACACAGACUAUCAACAUACAGGACCAGUUGACCAAUCACAGGCCUUGAAAUACAGACUAUCAACAUACAGGACCAGUUGACCAAUCACAGGCCGUGCGCUCUGCGAAGUUAGGUGCACGUCGAGCUCCGGCGGGGGACUCGGAGGGGGUAUCGGGGCGACACAGAGGGGUCUGCGGAGGGACGCGGUCGAUUCGACACAGAAGCAUAAAUCAGCCUUGAGCACCUGGCGCUCAAAGUCUGAACCCCACCUGAGAACAAGACGCCACAGAGACAGUUAGGGGUGUGAAUCGCACCAUACGGUAUCACAAAGUUUCUUCAGACAACCAUACUAUACUUAUAGGGCAAGGUACCGGCAAAGAUUCUCAGAAUUGAUUUGAUUCCUAUUCACAAGGUCCCGAAUCGAUUCAAUAUCAGUUAACAUUUCAGCUACAAGCCCAAUAUAUGUUGGAUAUAACAGAGACGAUGUUCCCUCUGACCUGCUGCUUUGGUAAAGCUGUAGUGUGUACCUUUUUGAUAUUAAUGAACUUCUGAACGUCUAUAAAGUUAAUGAAGACUAUCGGCUCCACACAACUCUCUCUGGAUCUCUCAGCGUGGUCAGAAGAUGGUGGCGUCUGGUUAGUCUGGCUAUCGGCAGACCAAGCUCAGUCCUUUAAGACUGAACAUUAGUCUGGGGAGUCUGCUCUGUAUUGCACAAGAGGCGGGAUCAACGGGCAUAUAGUUCAGAUGACUCUGUAACUCAUCAAUCAGUCCUUCCAGAAAAAUGCUGAGGUUUUUUGUGAUUGUUGCAGGGCAAAAAUCCUUGAUUAUGCGACACGUUUUC